AUGGGUCCGCGUGGGACGGUAGGGACUGUGGCCUUGCUGUUUUGUGCGAGUUGGAUAUGCUCAUGUGUUGCUUCGACUCUGCACGAUCGUGUUCACGGACCGGUGAAGGUGUACCGAUGUGAGAACCCACUAACAAUUGUCAUAGAUGAGUGCAAAAACAGCUUCUACAGUUUUACGGGCAUGCCCAAUCUUGUCGGUCAGGAGUCACAGGACGACGCGCGGCAUCAAAUGCAGAUGUUCGACCCCCUCAUCAACUAUCGAUGCUCGGAGAAGUUGAGAUUCUUCCUCUGCUCUGUCCACACGCCAAUGUGCGACGCGAACACGUUGCAUUUGAUCGGGCCCUGUCGACCGUUGUGUCAACACGUCUAUGAGCGCUGUUUUCCUGUCAUGAAGACGUUCAAUCUGCCCUGGCCCGAGAGCCUCAACUGCUCCCGGUUCCCAAUGAAGAACAGCGACAACGGUGUCAUGUGCAUGGACGGACCUCGGAACACAGAAGAGGACGCCAGGCCGGUCCAAAGGCCCCCGGCUGUCGAGGGGCGCGAGGAGGCGGGUCACGAGUCUGGCGCCACGUCUCUAUCCUCUUCAUCUUUGUCGGUAUCGGCAGAUGCGACCUCGGAGUUGCGCUCAAGCCUGCAGAAGUGGUUACGCAAAGUGACCAAACUGCCGCCGGACGCGAGGCCGGUCUUUUUGUCGGGCGAAGCCGAUCAGCCGCCCAAUGCAUUGGCCCAACUGGCCAAGUCGUUGCGCCAUUGCGGCCAUCUCAGACAGCCGUUGUCCUACGUUUUUAUCAAUCGGACCGGCAGAUGCGCUCCUCUAUGUCGAGCUGACUUGCUGUUCUCGCGACCCACCAAACGGCUCGCGGCCACAUGGACACUGGUGCUGGCGAUCGUCGGCCUCGUGGCCGGAGUCUUCAGCCUCACCAACUAUUGCCUUGGCAUUCGCUUCUUCUCGACACGAGAACGUCCGGUUGUCUACUUGGCCGGUUGCCAACUGGCCGAGGCGACUGCUCUUCUUCUGGCCACCGGAUUGGGCCGCGACAUGGUCACCUGCGCUCGGGAGCCGACCUCUGGUCGGGACAUUCGGCUUCAGGAGGGGUUGGACAAUUCUGUAUGUGCACUCACCUUUUUGGUGCAAUACUUCUUCACGACGGCCGCCUGGAUCUGGUGGCUCCUGUUAGCCGUCGCCUUUGGCGUCUCGUCCAGCAUGCGCCACGUCGGUCGACUGCGAGUUCGAGACCGGCCUCAGACAGUGCGUUGGGCCUCGAUACCGGCGUCUCAUGUGGCUCGACGAGCCGAGGGUGUCGACGAGGCGUCAAGCAAACGGGGUGCUUGUGCGUGGAUCUGUUGUCCGCCAUCAUCGCGACCGGAUGCUGGGUCUUGUUGCUUCUGCCAUUGGCCUUGUUCGAUGGACGAACCGAUGGAACCGCGGGAGCCACAUUUCUAUCGGCCAGGGCCGCUGGCUGCUAUGACCAGCAGUAUUUCGGUGUCCGUCGGUGGCGCCAACAAAGCCUUCUACCAGAUUGGCGGAGUGCUCGUUCGCCAGAUCUACCCUCGAGAAGACACGGGAUUUGCAUGUCUGGCCAGGCAGCAUGUGAUCGCUUGGCUCACGGCCGGUCUCUUGACCGUCAGUGUUCUCGUCAGUCGGCAGGUGGGCAAUUGCUUUUUGUAG